GUCGUUCAAUGAACCUCCGGAGAUGCGCCUAAUUAAGCUGGCAAACAUUUUCCGGGAAAAACAGCAAUAGUCUUUUUCUGCCGUCAUAAGGGAAGAGAUGAGUCUUCACGAAAAUGUUGCUGUGGCAACAACCAGCUACCGUACGGUGUCAGGGGUUUGAUCGCUUACCGUUGGUGUUUUUAACGAUAUUAGUGUUAUUCAUCUACAAUUUUAAUAAACCUACUUUUGACCAUGUAAUUAUCGUGAAGAAAGAGAUUCAUCAACUAUCAAAAAAUGGCCCCACGACCAUUAGUGUUGCAAAAAAAUUUCGUGAAGUCGGAAAUGGUGCACCAAUUCACAACGAAUCGUCUCAGUUUAAUCCCUUCAACGGUUCCGUAGUAUCGAACACUAACGACGUAAUGAUGGCUUAUAGUCACAAUAGCUUUGGCCUUGAGCUAAUGGAACGACCAGUGAAAUCUAUAUUGUUUUGGAAUGAAGCUUAUGGAUCCAAAGACUAUGGUAUAGGAUUUGGUCAGCAGGGUUUCCGGCAGUUAAAUUGCCCAAUCACCGAAUGUUAUACGACAGACAACAGAUCAUUUUUUGCAGCCACCGAAGAGUUUGACGCCAUAGUCUUCCACCUGCGAACAUUUAACAUCGAAGAUUUACCUCCCACGAGAAGCAAACAUCAACGGUGGAUUUUGUGGUCAUUGGAAUCGCCUCAAUAUAAUAUGCGAGACAUUUACCCAUUAGAUGGUCUGUUUAACUGGACAAUGACUUACCGCAGAGACUCUGAUGUGAUUCAGCCAUAUGGAUGGGUUCAACCCACCGGUCCCUUUAAACUUCGACCAGAAUUGGAAGAAAUCAAUGGAGAAAUGGCACUUUCCGCUACAAGAAAACCUACAACAAAAAAGACGAAACUGAUAGCAUGGUUUGUCUCAAAUUGUCAAACUCGAAGCCUGCGUGAAAAAUACGUUGAUGCCCUUGCAGAGCACAUCAAAGUCGACGUGUACGGAGAUUGCGGUUCUCUGAGCUGUGAUCGUGACAAUGCAGCCAAUUGUUACAGCAUGCUUGAGCAAGAUUAUAAGUUUUACCUUUCGUUUGAGAACUCAUUUUGUGACGAUUACGUUACAGAGAAAUUUUUUUCUAUACUUCAAUUGGAGGUUGUGCCAAUAGUUUUUGGAGGCAGCAAUUACUCUGCUAUGGCUCCCCCGCAUUCGUACAUUAAUGCUCAAGAUUUUGAGACAGCUCGUCAACUAGCCGACUAUCUUAAAACGUUGGACUCCGACAAUGAACUCUACAACCAAUAUUUUUGGUGGAAACCCCAUUAUCGAAUCAGAAAUCACAUUCAAGAUCUUAAAUUGUCCAUGUGUGGCCUAUGCACCCGGUUACACUACGAUAAAGCCCUACGAAUAUACGACGACAUGGAGAAAUGGUGGGUGAGGGAAAGCCAUUGCCAUCUUCCACGACGUGAUAAUGUUUUUCAUAUUCCGUUUUGGACAAAUUAA